GGAUGUCCGAUAGUGGGCAUAGCAUGAGUGGGUGUUUGUGAGCUGUGAGGACUGCCAUUAUAAACGUGUGAGCGCAAGUACAUAAUGCUCAUUUUGUGCUGGUCGCUCAUAUUCUUGAGAUCAUUUUCAUCUGCUUUUCUUAGAGUAAACGUCCGCAAUCAGGGUGGGGAGCUGAUUGAAGAAACACUCAGUGGAAAUGUCACUGAAGAUUUCACCACACUGGAGUUCAUCAAGGCAGAUGGAACCAUCAUAACACACCUUGUUGACUUCAGAAAUGAAGUACAAAUAUUUCAAGCCCUUGUUCUGGGCGAAGAGGAGAGGGGUCAGAGCCAGUACCAGGUCAUGUGUUUUGUGACAAAGGUGGACAAGGGUGACUACAUAGCAUCAGACGCCAUAGCAAAGCUCCGACAGAAAAACCCUCACGCCGAGCGCCAGGCAGAGGAAGAUCUGUCCGAAGUCGGCUACCAGAUGGAGGUGCUGGUGCACCUGAACCGGUCGGCAGCCCUCUCACCCCACAUCGCGCAGCUGUGCGGCGAGGCGGCCGGCGCCACGUACUCACGCCACGAGGACGUGCGGCACGUGGCGGACCGUAGAGCGGCGGACCUGGACGCCGGCUCGCUGGACCUGCUGGAGCUGGCCGUGUCGCCGCUGGCGCCGGCGGCGGCGCGCUGCAGCGCCGUCUCCACGCCGGGCGAGCCGUGCCGCUGCCGCUACCACGUCUGCGUCAGCUGGUACCCGUGCAGUCUCAAGUACUGCAAGGGCCACGAGCCGGAUGGCCAGACGGUCAGCUACCGGUGCGGCAUCCGCACCUGCCGUCGCUGCCACGUCAUGGACUACCGGGUGGCGCGCAAGCAGCUCUGCCUGUGGGACGAGGAGCCGCGCGGCGAAGUGAACCUGAUGGGGCGCGAGGAGGAUGACCUGUGACCCGGCCGCGGCGCCGGCUGUGAUACAGACGAGCUUUACCCGACGGCGCGCUCCGGACUUAUGCGGCGCUGGACCGCCGCCGCCGUGGUCGCCUUGAUCAGUUUUAUACUCGUGACACGAAGGAUGAUUUUAGCUGUGGAGUGAUUGCUAUAGUCAGUGAAAUGAGUUUUUAUAACCGCGCAACUGCUUA